AUGGCUCACUCUAGUACCCCGGAUCUCGUUCCUGAGCCUGUCUCUAAGCUCCCUGAGCGACCCAAGACUGAUGGAUCUGCCUUGAACGAGGACGAGCGCUCCGAGAUCGCCUUUGUCGACAAAUACAGCGCCCCCGAUGUCUAUAUCAACGAGAAGAACGAUACUCUAUGGUUCCCAUGGAUCGGCCCUAUCGAGUUGAAGCCCAUGCGCAUGGAGAACAGGACCGGUACCUUCGUUGUCGGGCUACGAUCAAAGGUGGCUGCCAGCUUGGGCAAGCACCGACACCGUGGAACCGUUACUGCUAUCACCAUGUCAGGAGAAUGGGGCUAUAAGGAAUACGACUGGGUUGCUCGACCAGGAGACUGGGUAUGCGAAAAUCCUGGCGUUAUUCAUACCCUGUCCGUCAAGGACAGCACCGACAUUGUGUUUACUGUUACUGGUAGCAUUGAAUUCCUCAACGAUGAUGAUAGCUUGAAGUUUACACUAGAUAUAUUUAGCUUUGCUAAGCUGUAUUACGAUCACUGUAAGGAGAAGGGUAUCAAGCCGAAUGAUGCUCUGUGGCAUUAA